ACGUCGCGGAGCCAGAGGCCGCCAAAGUCCUCACGGCUCGUGGAUCCCAAGUCGUUGACAUCUGUGACAUCUGCUUCCAGGAGCGUCAGAAUGUCGUUGACCGCGACGGCGCGCGAAGAUCUGCGUCUGCAAGCCUUCGCCAACGCUUCGAAUUAUAAUACCAUGGAGAGAGGUGACUUACCGGAGACUAAGGCUAGACCUAAUAUUUUCAAAAACACUUUGCUCGCUCUCCUAAUAAUGCUCAUUGCCCUGGUACUCCUAAUCUACAUUGGCGUCCCUCUCAGUAUAAACCUCUCAACGACUGUGCGUCGGCAAAUCUUGUUCCUGAGUUUCCUGACUAGCUCCGAGGGACUCUCGGAUCCUGAAAGCUUCGGUCUCAAUUGUUCAAGAAACUUCUUCACAACGUCAGAUCCCGGAGUAAGGAUUGCUUCGUGGUACAUGCAGUCACAAGAUAUGCCUUGCUUUGCCGACAAAGAAUGGUUUCCCGGGAACUCGUCGACCGUGCUUUAUCUUCAUGGGAUAACUAGAACCAGGAGUGCGAGGAAUCGCCUGGAACUCAUGCAGAAGAUGGCAGGUCGAGUGAAGACUCAUGUCGUCGCCAUCGACUAUCGCGGCUUCGGGGACUCCACAAACGAGACGCCGAGCUUGAGCGGCGUUGUCAACGAUUCUCUUGCUGCAUACAAAAGACUUCGAAAUAUCAUGCCGAAUAGCAAGAUUAUUAUCUGGGGUCAUUCCCUUGGAACAUCCGUGACCAUGUAUCUGGCGAGGAAGCUCCAUGAGCAAGACGACGAUCCUGCAGCGAUAAUCCUGGAAGCCGCAUUGGACAGCGUGGGCAAUGUCAUCGUCCACAACCGGCUCUCGAAACCAUUUAAAUGGAUACCGUGGUUCGACGAAAUAUUCGUGAAACCCUUCGAGAACGAUCCUGCCGUGGAUUUCAAUAGCACCGCGCAAGCCUCAUCACUGAAUCCAAAGGUUCCGAUGCUCAUGCUGCACGCUGAAGAUGAUCAAACCAUUCCUUUCGAAAAUGGCUUUAGUCUGUAUGAAACCAUCAGGGAUGCCCGCAAAGGCGUGGAAAACGCAGCUCCGGUGACUUUCGUCCCCUUCAGAGCCGCGCAUGGCUUUGGGCACAGCUCGAUAGUUUUCUACGGCAAACUCUCGGACCUAGUCCUAGGGUUCCUCGGCUCAAAUCCUGUCGGACCCUCGGAAGUUCUGCCCGAGAUCUGAGGAUCGUCGUCGAUGGGAGCAGGCUCAUCAAGGAAUGGAAGGCACAAUCUCAUGAACGCCAUUUUGUAUAGCUCCGGAGAUCUCGAACGCCCUCGAGAGUCUGUAUUUAAGUUUCCGUCUCAGAUGUGGACCUGGUCAGCGUAUGUUCGCUCCGCGUAGCUUCUGUGAUUUUUUGAAUGCGUGAAUGAAGGAUUCUCGCAUGUGAGCGGAUCUGUAAUCUAUACAAAUACCUCGCAGUCCUCCCCCAACUCCCGGAAAAAACUAUUACAUGGACACGAGAAACUGAAGAGCCCUUGUGGAAAACCCGGCAUGGGGCUUUGGAGGAAUGACUGAUCCGAAUGGAA